AUCUGUGGAAAUUUUAUCCUUCAUUGCGAAGAUGGCCGAAAAUUUUCGUUAAAUAUUUAAAUGUGUAGAAAAUUGUUUGAGUUAUCAAUUUCGGUUUAAAAUGGAUAGUUGUAAAGUAGGUUCACGUGUUACAUGCACCAGCUGUUCGCAACUGUAUACUUUGAGAGAUGUGCAAUAUGGGCGGGGGCCCAAGCGACCCCUGCUGCUCGCGUGCGGCCACCCCAUGUGCGAGUGGUGCGUGCAAACCGCGCUGUCAGGCGGGAAGGAUAGCAUUGCGUGCCCGGUCUGCUCUGCCGUCUCCGCCCGCGAGCAUAAGGAGGCCAGCAUCUACGCUGACUUCCCCCUGAGCAUGUUCGAGCUGGGGGCGGUAACCGCCCGCCAGUGGACCCAGAGCACCGGCGACGCCCAGGUGACGUUCGUCCCGCCAGGGGCCAGCGUCCGGCGCUUCAACAAGUCGCGGGUUGUGACGGAGCCAUUGUUGACCCAGCAGGUUGUGCAGGAGUUGUGUGAAGAGUGUGUCUCUCGGCAGUGUGACUGGUUCUGCCAACAGUGUGAGCUCAAAUAUUGCAACUCCUGCUACUCCAAGGUGCACAAGGCGAAGGCUCUCAUGAAGCACGUCAAAGUGCCGCCCCCGGUGGGCAAGGUGAAGCUGCUGGAGACGCCGCUCUGCGACAGGCACAAGGACAAGCCCCUGGAGUUCUACUGCAAGCAGUGCGACUGCAACAUCUGCGCCCACUGCUUCGUCGACGCCCACCGGCCCCACGAGGUCGUCUCCCUCCUCGAGAAGAACAAAGAGUGUCUGGAGACGCUGGAGGAAGCAUAUGAGAAAGGCUCCAAGAUGUUGAUGCAAAUGUUGGCCACCCAGAAGAAGGCGGAGAAGCUGCGCGCGGGCGCCGGCCGGCAGCAGGCGGCCAGCGCGGCGCACUACUCGCGCGCCGAGCAGGACGUGGCGCGCCACUUCUCGCGCCUGCACGGCCUGCUGCAGCGGCGCGAGCAGGCGCUGCUGGCCGAGCUGGGGGAGGCGCGCGCCCGCCACCUGGACUCUCUGCGCGGCGUGUCGCGCCUGCUGGCCGACCAGCUGGCCGAGGCCCGCGAGGCGCUGCACUCGGCCCGCCUCGCCAUGCUGCCCGCCAACCUCGCGCUCGUCGACGUGGCGGGCGUGCGCGCGCGCCUCGCCGCGCUGCUGGAGCUGCCCUGCCACCUCGUGUCCUCCUCGCCCUCCGGCGGCCCGCCCGACUCCCUGCGGUUUAUAGCUGAUGAAUCGUUUGUGGAACAGUUGGCUUCUCACGGCCAACUAGAGCUGCACACUAGUGACAGCCAUGAACUCCGGAAGUCUGAAGAUUUGCCAGAAGACUACAUUAUUGAACCAGUGGAUGAAUCUGUGCUAGAGGACGUGUGUCCCCCGCUGACGUCCAGCUCGCGGGCCUCCUCCGUGUCUGCUCUCGGGGAGGAGGUGGCGCCCCCCGCGGAGCAGCACAAGUCUCCACCCGGGCAGCCCCCCAGUGGGAAGGUGAAGAUAUUUGCCCUCCACGAGCGCCAGGACACCACAGGCCCCAACAACACACACCCCGUCGUCAACAUGGCACUCAACCCCGUCAACAGGAAGAGGGCCAGGAACAUCUUGGCAGGAACAUCAGAAGCUGUGGUGGUGACGCAUGUCAAGGACCCGGGUGAUUUCUACGUUCAGCUCCAUUCGGACCAGAAUAAGAUCUCUUCACUGGCCAUCACCUGUAAGAAGUUGGCAGCAUCCAGUACCAUCCCUACAGAAGUAAAGCCUGGUGAAGUCUACCUGGUGUGCUAUAAGGCUGACAAAAACUGGUAUCGUGUGCGUGCAGUUACUGUGAUACCUGCGCCUGACGAUCAGUCUGAGCAACAUGUCUUGGUACAGUACAUUGACUUCGGCAAUUCAGAAAAGGUUCCUAUGUCCAGUUUGCGAGUGGCUCCAAAGCCUUUGCUCCAGACAGCAUUCCUAGCCAUUAACUGUGGUCUGCAUGGCAUUCAUCCUGCUGGUGACAAGUGGUCAUCAGAGAGUAUAAAGCUGUUCGCACAAAUGGUCAAUGGCUCAGUUGUGUUGAUGGUAGUGCUGAACUAUGCAGCUGACAAGUACGAGAUCGACCUGUGUCGCAUGCCAACUGGCGGAGAAGAUGUGCCUUCGUCCGUUCUGGAUGCAAUGGUCUUCCUUGGUUUGGCACACUAUUUCAACAAUGUCCAGCGACAGAGUAGACAGCUCACAACCAGACCUGAUCCAUUCUACAAUAAGCCUGGGCUGAAGCAUGGGGACAUUGUUGAUGUUACAAUUUCACACAUCGAAAACCCUAGCAGCUUCUAUGUCCAAAAGGUUGACCAGUCAUAUGUGCUGAUGAAUGACAUGAUGGAAAAGCUGGGAGAAGAGUAUGCGCUAAUAGGCAACAGGGGUUUGGUGUAUACCCCGUAUCUGAACAUGCCUUGUGCAGCACUUUACUCACUGGACAAAAAGUGGUACCGUGCCAAGGUGGUGGAUCUCCCGGGGAAUCGCCUGGUGCAAGUCGAGUACGUGGACUUUGGCAACAAGGAGCUGGUCAGCUGGAACAAGAUUCGCAAGCUCGGCGAGGUUUUCAUGCAGCUGCCUGCUCAGGCUAUCCGAUGUGCGUUGAACGACGUGGCUCCGCCCCCAGAGAUGGGUGGGAAGUGGACGGCAAAGGCUAGCCACUUCCUUCAGCAGCGCACCGUCAGCCAGAUAUCACGCAUGUUUGUAGACUCUGCUGCCGCUGAUGUGCUGAAGGUCACUUUGUACGAAGUCAAGCCCAAUGUUGAUAUCUGCAUCAACGCCCUUAUGGUGCGCGAAGGACUGGCAAGGAGCACGGGGGUCAGUUCAAGUCUCGUAGAGUUUCACAAGAGUGUAGAUGACAUUCAGAACAUGAAGUUGAAGAUUCCAUUGUCUUCAAAGGGAAGCAUGGGAAAGAAUGCCAGUGGCGGCAGGAAGCGGCCUUCGAAGCCACCGCCAGUCACGGAGAGUCCUGUUGAUGACGACGCGGACGAAGGGGAUGACGAGGGAACUGAGGAGGAGGAUAGGGGUCCACUUAAAGUCGAGGUGAAGGUUUUGUCAGUGGUGAAUCCAAGUCAGCUUUACGUGUCCAUCGUUAGCCAGCAGAAGGCCAUCAACAGCAUGAUGGAGGAGAUGCAGGAGUUUUAUCAGCAGUGCCCAAAGAGUGACAAGGUGUGGGCUGUUGGUGACCAUUGUGCUGCAUACGUGACAGACAAGAAGCUCUGGUUUAGAGCUGUCAUUCUUGAGCUGCUUGGCGGUGACAAUGCCAAGGUUUUCCUGAAGGACACUGCAGAUUGUGUGCUGGUGGAAGUAUCUUACCUGCGGGAACUGAGCAACUUGUUCGCACAGCUGCAUGAUGGGGCAGUUCGGUGCCACCUGGCUGGCAUCAAACCAGCAGGCUCCUCAUCCACAUGGUCUAUCCUUGCCACAGAGUUCCUCACUACCCUUGUUUCACAUGACAACCCUUUCAGCAUCACCAAAAAGGGAGAGAUGGAGAAUGACUCGCUGCCCGUGGAACUGCUGAUUAAGGAGGUUGUGGAAGAAGGGCCGCUGAGUCCGACCGUGGAAGAGUGGCGAGCCAUUAACAACAAGCUUGUUGAGCAGGGAUUGGCUUUCACAAUCAGGAACAGCUCAGCUUCCUUGUCUGGAGGGCAGCACUUACUGAAAACCUUGGACAAGAACCCACAAUCAGACGGCAUAGCUGUUACCCAGUGGCUCACUACACAGAAGUCUGGGAGGUCUGCUGGACCCCGCAAGUCUCCUAAGAAGCCGCAGACCGACUCUGUAGCUGAUCGAGACACCAUGAUAAUGGAGAAAACUGCAAAACAAGAGGUUCAAAUUGGGAAGAAGAAGCCCGACUUGUCGGACAGCAUGCUGGCCCAUGCCUCUGACGCAGAUUCGGAUGAUACCAGCGACAUCCAGGAUAAGGAUAGUUCUCCACCAAUAUUCGACAGUUGGCUGCCUGCCAACUCUUUGCCAUCUUACGAGAUUUGGGUCGUUCCCACGUAUGUGGAUAUGAAUUGCAAAAUAUACUUCCACCACAGCCAGCAGGAGGAUACGCUGACAGUGAUUAGUAAUGGCCUGAACUCUCGAUUUGCCAACUCAAAGCCUAAACCUUGUGACUCUUACUGGUCACCUGGACAGACAUGUGUCGCCUUGUAUCACUCGGACAAGAAGUGGUAUCGUGGCAAAGUUAUUUCGAUAAAGGAAGACAUGACCGUGGAAGUGAUGUUUGUAGACUACGGCAAUGUUGAAACCUGCAAAGCUUCAGAGCUUAGAAAGGAUGUAUGCUUAACCCACAUUCCUAUGCAGUGCCAUUCAGCGAAAGUAUAUGGCAUUGCACCUUUGUCAGAUGAUGGAUUAUGGCCAAUCAAAACUCUUGACUUUAUCCACUUGACUGUCGUGGAGAAGUUGUGCUUUGUAAAGCUUAGAACAUCAACAACUGGGGAACUGCUGAUGAUGUCCCUCAUUGGACCGGGCAACCUGGACCUGUACCAGCUGCUGGUGAACAUGCGGUACUGUGUUCUCACGUACGCCAGCGAGGGGGCCGACUCGGACGGCAGCGAUGCAGUCUACAUCGAGGCCCAGGAGGAUGUUGUCAUGGAGACGGUUGUCACCGCAGAGGAAAGACAAAGUGAAGUUGCAUGUAGUGAAGCAGGAGGAACGGCAGUGGCAGUGACCGAGAGCACGGCAGCAGUGGAUACACGAGGGGAUGAUAUGCCUGUGAUGGAGGAAGCCCGGCUGCCGGGAGACAAGUCAGAGGCGGGAGGGGUCGGACCUUCUGAGGCAGAAGAUUGUGUGGCCUCGGAGGAUUCCUGUGGGGAGGAAGUGGAGCGAGUGGGAGGAGGUGAUGUCGUGACGACGGCCGUGGAAGCAGGAGAGAAGACUGUAUCGGGCGAGUGUGCCACCAGUGACGGUAUUGACGAGAGUGAGUCCAAGCUGGGCCGCAAGCCCCAGUCGCUCAUGGACUGGUACGACAUCAUCACUGAGGAAGAGAAUAAGAUGAAUGGAUCAGGUAGUGAGUUUGAAGAUGGUGAUGACCGUGUUGCGUACCAUGCUAUGGAACUGCCAGAUCUGGAUAAGUUCUUGGUUGAGGUGACGGCGAUGUUGUCCAUUAAUGAAGUUGUGCUUCAAUUAUUAAAGACUGAAACUGUAGAGUUAAAAGAGAUGAAGACUCAGUUCGAAGAGCUUACAAGGAUACUGCAAAUUGAAGCACAAGAACAAGCUGUGCUGAAUAUUCCAUUCAUAGGCCAGCCCUGUUGUGCGUGCUACACUGAAGACCGCCAGUGGUAUCGAGCGAUGAUAGUAGACAUUUUUGAUGACCUGCAGGCCAAGAUUGUCUACGUAGACUAUGGAAACACAGAGAUAGUUACUGCACACAGUCUGCACGAGAUGAAACCGGAGUGGCUGGAGCUGCCUGUGCAAGGAGUGCAGGCUCGCCUGUGGAGGGUGGUCGAGGCUCCAGAGCAGGACCACCCAGCAGUCAUACGCAGGCUGGCGGGCUGUCUGUUCCAGCCACCGGUCAUCGCUCAUAUCAAGUCAAGAUCUCCACUGAUGGUUCAGAUUCUAUGUAACAAGACUUUGGAGCCAGUGUACCAGUCUCUGUUUGAUGAUGGCUUAUUGAUGGUAGACAAGUCUGAAUAGAAAUUACCCUUUUAAUAUAAAUAAUUUAAGCUACCAAGUUUUUAGUUUUUCUUGUAUAAAAUUGUAUUUUUGCCUGUUUGGUGGAGAGGAAAGUUUUUCCAGGCAGACUGUUUCUUGUUAUAAAUAAUUUUUGUACCUUUUUUUUUUUUUUUUUGUGUAAAUACUGUAUUUUCUUGUGAAAAUAAAUAAAAACCCACCAUU